UCCCGCGCCCGCUCUCGCUCUCGCUCUCACUCGCACUCAGAACACCGCAAAUGGCGGCCGGCGGCUCUUUCACACUAACGCCGCACAAAACCUCCGUCUGCAUCCUUAUGCAGUUGCAAACAACGCCGCCAUUCCCUUUCUCUUCAGUCUCUCAACAUAACCGCCUCGGAUUGUACCUUUUAGCUCUCACUAAGUCUUAUGAUGAUAUAGUGGAGCCAACACUGGAGGAUUUAUUGAAUCAAUUGAGAGAAAUUGGUGGAUCUUUAGGUCAAUGGUUGAUUCAUGGUUUAACAACUAAGCUUUCUAGCUUGUUAUCUCCUGAUGAUUUAUUUAAUUUUUUCACUGAAAUGAGAGGAAUUCUUGGAGGAUCUGAUUCUGUACAUAUGGAAGAAAAUCAAGUUAUUCUUGAUCCUAGUAGUUUUCUUGGAAUGUUUCUUCGUCGAUGUAUACUUGCUUUCAAUUUAUUAUCUUUUGAGGGCAUAUGCCAUCUUUGGACCAAUAUUGGGAACUACAAAGAAGCUCUUUCAAGCUGCUUGCCCUAUGGGUUUCAGAACUUUGACGGUUCGAGUAAUGAUUUGGAGUCGUUUUCAGAAUAUGAAAAUAUGGACCUGGAAAAUUAUGUUCCUGAGAGAACAAGUGAGGAAAUCGAAGAAAGCAAGCAAGCCAGUGAAAGAGUUCCUUUCCAUUUUCAUGCACCUCAAGCUAUAUGUGCAUUGGUUGAAGAUGUUGAAGUUGUUGCUGACCUAAGAUCCAAAAACAGUGACAGAGGUACAGAAGGCUGUCUACAUGUGCAUCCUCUUGCAAAUGCAGUGGCAGAUGCUGAUCCCAAUGGCGAGGCUUUUCUGCGAACAAACUGGCAGGUACAAGGAUACUUAAUGGAGCAAGCAGAUGCAAUUGAGAAGCAUGGCAGUUCUUUCUCUUUUAGCACCUUUGAAAUGAUACUGAAGCAGAUUAAAAAAUUGGCCCCUGAGCUGCAUCGUGUUCAUUAUUUGCAUUACUUAAAUAGCCUUUAUCAUGAUGAUUAUUUUGCUGCUGUGGAGAAUCUGCAUUGCUACUUUGAUUACAGUGCAGGGAUAGAGGGAUUUGAUUUUGCUUCAUCUUCUGGAUCCAAUAAGUCCGAAAGAUACGAGAUUGCUUUGUUAUGUUUGGGUAUGAUGCAUUUCUACUUUGGGCACCCUAAGCAAGCUUUACUGGUCUUAACAGAAGCAGUUCGUGUUUGUCAAGAGCAAAGCGAUGACAGUUGUCUUGCAUACACUUUAGCUGCUAUCUGCAACUUGUUAUCUGAAAUUGGUAGCUCGACUACAGCUGGAAUACUUGGAACAUCCAACUCAACUAUGACCAGCAUGGGCAUUUCAGUGUCUGUCGCGCAGCAGUUGUUUGUUCUCUUGCAGGAGUCUUUGAAGAGAGCAGACAGUUUAAAUUUGAAAAGAUUGGUUGCCUCUAAUCACCUUGCAAUGGCCAAAUUUGACUUGACGCAUGUGCAAAGACCUCUGCUAUCAUUUGGUCCCAAAGUUUCCAUGAAGCUUAAAACGUCUCCAAUAAACGUAUGCAAGGAACUCAGAUUAUGUUCAAAUUUGAUUAGUGAAUUUUCUUCAGAGACCUUCACUGCAACAACUGAUGGUGCUUUAUGUACAUCAUGGCUUAAAAAUUUGACAAAACCAAUGGGUUCGCUAGUGUUGACCCAGGAUUAUGGAUCUGGAGAAAAUUUCCAUGCUCUUCAAUUCUGUAUGCAACCAAGUUCAAUUCCCCUAUCUGUUUUGCAAAUAUUAGGUUCUUCCUACUUGCUUCGCGCCACCGCAUGGGAGACAUAUGGAAGUGCCCCUCUUGCUCGAAUCAAUGCUUUGGUACAUGCAACGUGUUUUAUUGAUUCCUCAAGUUCAUCAGAUGCAGCAUUGGUGCAUGCCAAGCUCAUUCAACAUUUAGCGGUAUUUCAGGGAUACAAAGAGGCUCUUUCUGCUCUUAAAGUAGCUGAACAGAAGUUUUCAUCUGUCUCAAGAUCGGUAAUUUUACUACUAAAACUGCAGCUGCUCCAUGAACGUGCUUUGCAUAGAGGACAUUUAAAACUAGCACAACAAUUAUGCAACGAACUUGGGGUUUUAGCAUCACCUGUCAAUGGUGUGGACAUGGAGCUGAAGAGAGAAGCAGGUCUUCGCCAUGCUCGUACAUUGCUUGCAGCAAAGCAAUUCAGUGAGGCUGCAGCUAUUGCACAUUCUCUCUUUUGCAUAUGUUACAAAUUCAAUAUGCAGGUUGAGAAUGCCGCCGUUCUACUUCUACUUGCCGAAAUCCACAAGAAAUCGGGCAAUGCUGUUUUAGGGCUUCCAUAUGCUUUGGCAAGCCUCUCAUUUUGCCAGUCUUUUAACAUGGAUCUUCUCAAGGCAUCAGCUCUUCUCACCAUUGCGGAGCUGUGGCUCUCACUCGGAUCAAAUCAUGCUAAAAGGGCCUUAACACUUGUACAUGGAGCUCUUCCGGUGGUUCUUGGUCAUGGAGGUUUGGAGCUCCGAGCCAGGGCUCGAAUUGCUGAAGCAAAAUGCUAUCUUUCUGAUCCAAAUUAUACAGUUUCGGAGGAUCCCGAGGUUGUACUAGAUCCUUUGGUGCAAGCUUCUGAAGAAUGUCAGGUGUUGGAGUAUCAUGAAUUGGCUGCUGAAGCCUUCUACUUGAUGGCCUUAACUUAUGACAAACUGGGAAAAUCAGAAGAAAGAGAAGAAGCUGCAGCUUCAUUCAAGAAACACAUAACAGCUCUUGAAAAUCCUCAGGAUGAGGAUGAUCCUUUAUUGAAUUUGUUCAGAUAAAAUUAAAAAUGUAUUUUAUGUAAAUUAAUAUUAUACAAUCCUAACUUGAGACGCAUAUUAAAAAGGUAUUGUACUU